AUUCGUCUGUCCUAAGGACUCGAAUCUCCCUGCGACAGUGGUGUUCGCUUAGCUGCAUGAAAUGGAUGGAAGUUAGUGGACAGUAAGCGGUUUCUAUUUUUUAAAAACAGGGGGAUUUUUUAAACACUGCUGUAGAAUUUCCUGCUGGAUAUAAGUUCUAUUUUUACAACUUUUUCAGUCGUUUUGAAGGAAUCAAAGGUUUUUGGGUUCUGGUGUCGAUUUGGAUUUUUUUCAUGUCAGGAAACUCGCAGCGUUAGAAAAGAUUCACUCCAGACUUUGCGGUUUUUUGAUAAACUCGUGAUGUUGAGAUGUGUCUGCAGCUUCAGUCGUUCAUUUUAUGAUGAAAUAUUCGGAUUUUUGGACUGAGAAACACUUAUUUUACACUGUUCUGUCGUGUGAAGACACAAACACAGCAACGGAAAACGGAUUUGACCAUCGAGCUUCGUUACUAUCCUUAACGUGUUAUCUUUUUUUCUCUCACUAUAUUAGGUCGAUAAUAUCGUAUCUUUGGGUGAAGUGUUAGCGUGUAUUAGUUUAGUAAACAUUUAAGCGGUUUCUGCACUUGUGUAUGAGCAUAUUUUAUCUUUUUUAAAGCUCAUAAUCCGUAAACCUAACUAAGCUAGCGAACUAACUUAACAGUGCCGUUAGUUUUUUUUCAGGAACGGUUUAUACCCCGUUUUUUCGGUGCAAGUGUAAACACAGAAUUAGUUCUCUCUCUUUUUACCUGAAAAAGAAAACAACGAUAAAAAAAAACUUAUGCUCGGGCGAACUGACUCUUUCAGACGUGCAGAAAAAAAUCUGCAAACUUAGCAGGAAAAGAAGCCAUCAGACUCGCGGAAAUCGCCCCCCUCCUCUCUAACUCAGCUCCAGCUCAGCUAGGUUAACUGUUCAGCCACAGUUUAAAUGGAUUUCUGCACCAAAUCUGCUCUUUUUGCUUUCUAUUCCGGAGUAUACGACACAGUUCACAUCUAAAACCGGUUUAUUACACGGGGAAUGCCAUCUAAUAUCCACAGCAGCUUUCUGAAGAACACGGUCUAAACGCUGGAAAGACUCAGCAGCAGUCCUGAACCUACAUGUGAGUUUGUGCACAGCUACGAUGCGAAGAAGACGGCGGCUUCCAUGCUUCAGAAAAGUGCUAUGUGGAGAAGCUUCCUUCACUAUAAGAUCAUGAACUGACAGCAGACCUGUAGGAAACGCCACCACUGUCCACCCUUGCUCGCUCUUUCUGGACUGAAUCUCUCUCUGUGGUGGUGCUGGAGGCCGCAGGCCGAAGGGGCUGCCCCCAGAGGCCCGGGGCCCGGGCAGCGGUUUAGCGAUGGCAUGAUUGCUUUUUCCAAUCCAGGAGCAAAGAGACAGGAUUUCUGGGGACAGCAUUGCUGAACUAAGCCAGUUUCCAUUUCUUGAUAUAUUAUUUUGUGAAGCUCGAGGCAAAAAGAAGAGAAGGGAACACUGCACUGUUCGUUCAGUGAUAUCUGUGGUCUGAUGAAGUCCAGUGCAGAAACCAAGGCAGGACAAGCCAUUAUCAAUGACAGUCUCUUACUAGCUCCAAGCCAGCUCUUAAAGGCUGUUGAUGGGUGGUGCUAGAAAACCAAGUGUGUGAAGACUCCAAAUCUUAAUUCAGAAGAGGACACGCACACCCACUGCAAAAAUGAAUGAGAGACAGGCUCUGCAUUCUAUAAUGAAGGACCUGGUGGCCCUGCAGAUGACCAGGCGGCAGCCCAUGUCGGCUUACGACACGGCAAAGGCCAAGCCUGUCAGCACUGCCAGCACGACCAACAGACAGGAGGACGUCAGGAUUAAAUUUGAGUUUGGUGGUGAGAGGAGGAUACUGAUGUUUUGUCGGCCUGUGCAGUUUGAUGAAGUCCAGCAAAAGGUCAAGACUGUCUUUGGCCAGCAGCUCGACUUACAUUAUAUUAAUAAUGAGAUGUCCAUUCCUCUACAUGGUCAGGAUGACUUGGACAAGGCUAUUGAUCUGCUGGACCGCAGCUCUAACAUGAAGAGCAUAAAGAUCCUGUUACUCACACAGGAGCACAGUAAUGUGUCUUCCUCGUCUCAUCACUCUGGGUGUAAGCAGGUUCGAAUCAAAGCAUCUCAGUCUACAGGGGACGUGAACACAGCUUAUCAGUCUACAGAGCCCAGGGGACGCCACUCGUCAACCAGCUCCCAGAACACUGGGCGGAGCUCUCCACCUCCUGGCUAUGUUCCAGAGCGCCAGCAACGAAUUGCACGACAGGGAUCCUACACCAGCAUUAACAGCGAGGGGGAGUUCAUACCCGAGACCAGCGACCAAUUAGUCCUGGAUCCGUGGAGCAGUGCUGAAAACUCUGUGUCUGGGAGCUGCCAAUCACUUGAUAGCAACUCAGACAGUCCUUCCCUCAGGAAAUCCCGCAUGCACAGAGCCAGGAGUUAUCCUGACAACAGGCAGGACUGUGCAGAUCGGGAAAACCAUGUAUAUGACAAGAUUGUUGGGAAAGGAGGAACAUAUCCACGGAGAUACCAUGUCUCCCUGCAUCAUAAAGACCACAGUGAGGGACGACGUACAUUUCCAAGGAUACGGCGCCCCCAGGGAAACCUGUUUACGUUAGUGCCGUCCCGCAGAUCUCUCAACGGCAGUGAGGAAAGUCUCGGCACCUGGCAGCUUGUGGAUGCCCAGUCCAGACUCCGCCCCCAGGAUCGCCCAGUUCCUCAUAAAUCCCCCACGGCACCAGUGACAUGGCGGAGGGGGAAAUUGUUGGGGCAGGGAGCUUUUGGUAGAGUGUAUCUGUGCUACGAUGUGGACACCGGCCGGGAACUGGCAGCCAAACAAGUCCAGUUUGACCCAGCAAGUCCUGAAACCAGCAAGGAGGUCAGCACUCUGGAGUGCGAGAUUCAGCUGUUGAAGAACCUUCAUCACGAGCGUAUUGUACAGUAUUACGGUUGCCUUAGGGACCACAAUGAGAAAACCCUUACCAUCUUCAUGGAGUACAUGCCUGGGGGCUCAGUCAAGGACCAGCUUAAGGCCUAUGGGGCCCUGACGGAAAAUGUGACCCGCAAGUAUACCAGACAGAUCCUGGAGGGCAUGUCCUACCUGCACAGCAACAUGAUCGUCCAUAGAGACAUCAAAGGCGCCAACAUCCUGAGAGAUUCUGCAGGGAACGUGAAGCUCGGAGACUUUGGGGCCAGCAAGCGCCUGCAGACCAUCUGCAUGUCCAGUACAGGCGUCCGCUCAGUGACUGGGACUCCCUACUGGAUGAGUCCAGAGGUCAUUAGUGGGGACGGAUAUGGCCGCAAAGCUGAUGUCUGGAGCCUCGGCUGCACUGUGGUGGAAAUGCUGACGGAGAAGCCCCCCUGGGCAGAAUACGAGGCCAUGGCAGCCAUCUUUAAAAUAGCCACUCAGCCUACUAACCCCAUCCUGCCCUCACACACUUCAGAGCAGACACGGGACUUCAUCCGCCGUAUCUUUGUGGAAGCCAAGCACAGGCCCAGUGCAGAAGAGCUGCUCAGACACCCCUUCUCACAGAUCCUCUGCUGAGGAGCCCUUUCUUUAAUCACCUAGAGCUGGACACUUGCACCAGAGCCACUUUGAAGCCAAAAACCUUUGAAUGGCGAGCUGCCCAGUCCAAAGACUUACUUGAGGUAGUAAUGAUCAAAAAGCACCAAACACCACAAAUGUAGCACCUACCAUUAUGCAGUGGUCAGCAGUAACUAGCUUCAGUUCUAAAACCGGACAGUCGAGGGCAGUCUUUCAGCGUCCACUCCAACAGCAGGGGGUGAGUGCUGAAGCAGGUACAGUGAGUGUCAGGAAAAUACUAGUCAUCAGAGCUGCCUCUUAGUGGAUUUUUUAAUAUAAAUUACCGUCUGUGCCUUCUGAACACAAGCUGCUAGACCUUCAGAUCUUUAGCACUAGGUUAGUGCAGUUUGCUGACCUUCUGACUGCAUGAGGUCAUUCAUCACAAAUGCUUAUUUUAUAGUCCGUCCAAAUUAGGAAGCAGACGAUCUCUGUUACAGAAGACGGUGAAGAAGAAGAAGCAGCCAGUAUUGUUUGAGCUUAUGGUUUGAAGUGUCUUAGUUUUGCUAGUUUCUUAACAUUUGACUUGAAACAAGGCCUGUUUCACACAUACUGCCUCUACAUUUGCAAGUUGGCAAAACUCUUGAUGCCACACCUCUUCUGGGACACAGUGCAGCACUUCUCUUACAGCAUCUUAGCUGUCACGCAAAGACCUUGUAUCUCAAUUUUAGCUGCUUUUCACUUUUUCACAUAAUGUGAAGCUAGUAGUUGUUCUUUACAUUUGGUCAGAGUUUAAAAAUGAAUUGACAAACAGAAAUGCUCCAAAAUGACUUGGAUCCAAAAUGACUUGGAUUGAAAAGUUGCUGAUGUGAAGAUUUAAAGUCUUUGCAUGACAGCAGUGAUAUUGAUUUCAUAUAAAAUCUAAUUUAUUUGUACAGCGCUUCUUACAAGCGAUGUUACAAAGCAGCUUUACAGAAUGUGACCGCAGGACAGAGAAUCAGGAAAACAUUAAACAUAUAACAUACACAGGGGGACCAUCCUACCACUGGUCAGACAGGUUUUAAAUGAAUUUUAAAUUCAGUAUAAAGUGAUUAUACAUCCACACAGAUCUAAUAUAUUCAGGUGUAAGCAGCUCCAGCAAUGGAUGCAGUUAGAGUUAUAAUAUAUAUAUAUAUAUAUAUAUAUAUAUAUAUAUAUAUAUAUUUAUUAUUGGAUGUAAUCUGUUGUGGAGAGUGAGAAACUAGUCCAAGGCAUGUUACAAAAACUGGAAGAUGGGCAGAGGAUCUGUGGUGGGUGGGGUUUGAUUCUGUGUGAGAGGCACAGCACCUGGUACAAAAGCGGUCUGGCAUCUUGAAUACAAAAUGAUCAUUCUAUGUACCUAUAUAGAACUUUUCACAACAAAUCCUAUGACUUAAAAGGAGAACCUAUCAGAUCUUAAGGAAUACAUCCAGUGUGAAAUUGACUUGUGGUCUAGUGAAACACGAUAUCGAGUACAAUCUUGAGUACAAUCUUCAAAAUACAACGCUUUUAGCUGAUGCUCCAAACAGGCUUUUAAUGCUAGUGAUAAUCACUAUUUUUACACCAUUAACAAGCUCAAAGUAGCUCCACACUCCAUUGGUAGAAUUCUGAAGGUGCCGACAUUUAAAACAAGACACUGAAAUCUUUGAAAGUGCACAGACACUUUAUUAAAUAAAGACUGUUUAUACACACAGUAUCAUUAGGUAGUUCUCAGGGCACUGAUAUCUUGAAAUUAAAUUACGAGAAUUUGACUGAUGAACGAAUAGGUAAGAUAGUGGAGCUCCAGCUAAUGCUGAAAAUAUCCCUAUAAUAUUAUUCACAUUUAUUUCCACAGAAUUUCCACAGAAAUUCUCCUAUCCUACCUAUUCGUUCAUGCUUCCAGACUUAUCUCUAUGCCCCUAUCACUAGCAUUGUAAGCCUGUUGGGAGCAUUGGCUAAAAGCUCUGUAUUUCAGAAGUCCAUUUUACACCAGAGUUCUCCUUUAAGACUGUUUUUAGUGUUUCUACAUUAGUAAUUGUUUGGUAUAAUGUUGUAUUAUGAUAGCUGCAAGAUCUAAAAGCUAUUUAACUACUCCCUCUCCAUUACACACAUACUGCCACCGUCCAACAACUUAGACUUUCUUGAAGCCCCUUUUCCUCAGUGACAACAUCCUAACCUUAAAGGACAUUAUUUUAUCCAUUUGUACAAAAAUUACACUAGUUUAGUGUAAAGCAAUCUGUGCAACUACAUUCUCACUUUUCCCCACAUCUAAUAAAGUUGCUAUUAGAGGUAGUAUGUCUGAAAGAGGUCUUGAUUGAUUAAUUGACUGACUCUGGUUUCGGUCAUGCCAGAACUGGUUCAGUUUCACCACAUACUGUAGUGAUGGUAGGUUGGAGGUAAUUGACUCCUGCUUGUUCAGUUGCUGCAGCUGAAGACUCUUUUCCUAAAAGACUAAACGCUCUCUGUGUCGGGGUAUUUAGUUUCAGUUACACAAGAAACUCUGUCCUACUGUGCCUGAGAAUUAUACUUUGAGAAGGUCUCAGAUGUUCAGAUAUAUAUGUAUUUAUAUUGGUCAGGACUUUGAUCGGGGCUUUGUGCCUUUUUUUAGAGUUAGGCCACACUGCGUUGUGUUCGUGUCUGUAGAGAGCACCAUUAGAGUGCUGUAGAAGCAGCUACUAUAACUCAAAAUAAACCAAAUAUCUGCUUAGUUUUUCUAAGGAGAUUUAAGGCUUGGAAAGCACAUUAGAGUUUGAAGUGGAGGAGAUUCAGGAAACGCCGCGUGUAUAGAAGCGUGCCUUAAGCUUGACAGUGUUUUAAACAUCAGAUGCACUUUUGUGAAAUGAAUGUUGUUUGUAUUUACCAAAUUGUUUUGUUCCUAUUUUACCUUUUUUUUUCAUAAUGUGAAAUCUCUUACCCUUUUAUUUAUAUCCUAGGGCUUAGCUGUCUUUUUAUAUACACAAAUAUUCAUGUAUAAAUAUAUAUUUUUAUAUAUGAACUCUAGACUAUUUGAAAUAGAUUUGAUGUCUUGUGGAAUGUGAAAUAUGAGAUGAGACAUUGUUAGAGACCAAAGAAGAAAAAAAAAAGUGAAUUAAAUCUUGUAAGCAGCUGGUUUUGCAGAGAUUUACAGCAUUUUAGUGCAUUUCUGAGUGGAAUUCGUACUCAGGCGCUUUACCCUGUCCCUGAUUUGAGCGAGAGGUAGAAACCUGUUUGUGUGUAUAUGUAUGUUUGUGUAUGUGUGUGGUCAUAGAGAGAGAGAGAGUGAGAAGAGUGAGACUUAAGACUUUUAUUAACCAGCAAACCAUUAUGCCUUCUGUAUUUUAUUCUCACAUUUUUCAGAUUAAGAUAAGAUCGAUGAAGAUCAGUGAAACUGAGGACAAAAUCGAUUUUAGCCAUCCUGGUCUGGGUUGCAAUAUUCAGGAGCUUACCUGGAAUUAUUAGGAACAUUUAAUGUCAGACAUAGAAUACUGACAACAGCUGACGGUGCAAUCCAACUUCUUCCAAAACAUUGCAUGCCAACGUCAUGGCAAAAAAUAUUAACAUUCAUUGAAAUAUUUUUAUUUUUAUAUCAUGCAGUGAUAUUUUAAGUCACCAAAAUGAAUGUGUUAAUUUUUUUUUUAUUAUUUAUUAUUAUUUUCCCCAUUUUCUCCCCAAUUUUGCUCAGCCAAUUACCCAGCCCAAUAGGACUCCCCCUAUUACUAGUGAUGCCCCAACACACCAGGAGGGUGAAGACUAACACAUACUUCCUCCGAUACACGUGAAGCCAGCCACCGCUUCUUUUCAAGCUGCUACUGUAGCAUUGCCGAGUUGGAAGAAAGUGCAGCGAAUCGGUUCUGAUACAUCAGCUCAAAGAAACUCCAUCUACCCACCCGGAGGGAGCAAGGUCAAUUGUGCUCCCUCUGAGCCCCGGCAGCUUGAUGGCAAAGCUGCAUGAGCGGGAGUUCAAACCUGCGACCUCCAGCUCAUAGUGGCAGCGCUUUAGACGCUGGACCACUCAGCGCCCUGUAUGUGUUGAUUUUUGACAGAUGAUAUGAUUUCCAUGAUUUUUGUGCAUUCAUAACAAUAAGUUUUGACGACAUGAUUUUUUUUUCAAACAAAAUCAACAUCUGCACAACACUGGGUUUUGGCAUCCAAACCAAAUUUUUUUACACAUUUUUUAUCCUGCUUUUCUCCCAAAAUUAGCUAUGCCGAUAACCUCACACACUCCCCCUAUCCCUAGUAAUGCCCCAACACCAGGAGGGUGUAGACUAGCACAUCUCUGUCGAUACAAUUGUUUUAACUGCUGACUUCUGCUGAUGUAGCAUUACUGAGUAGCCAGUGUGCUCAGAGGAAACAGCACCGACCAAGAUUCAACAUCUGCACAAUAUUGGGCCACUGAAUACUUUUCAUUUUAAUUUAAAAUUUAACAUCUGCACAAUGUUGGCUUUUGAUGUCAAACCAAUUAGAAUUUUUGACCCAAAUUACGCAUCUGCACAAUAUACAUUUUUUCAUUUUCAUUCAUUUUCAAACACUAGGAUUUGACAGCUACCCGAUUUUUAUUUUAAAACAAAAUUGUACAACAUCUGUACAACUUGGGGUUUUACCUUAACACACCUUUUUUCAAUCAAAACUCAGUAUCUGUACAAUAUUAUGCUUUUACAUCAAACUGCUUUUCAUUUUAAGCUAAAGUCCAGCAUCUGCACAACGUUGGGUUUUGACGCCAACCUAUUUUUCUGUUUUAAUUAAAUUUAACGUCUGUACAACAUUGAUUUUGUAAUUAACCCAUUCUUUUUAUUUCCAACCAAAAUUCAAAGCCUGUAUAGUGUUGCAUUUCGUAGUCAAAACAAUAUCAUUCUCAAUUCAAAUUAGACAUCUGUACAAUGUUAGGAUCCAGUGUUUUCUGAUGGAUUUUUCAGUACUUUAUUAAUAGCAUUACCCAUUGCGUAGCGUAAUGUAGACUGUAGAGAGGUGUGUGAGAGUUUUUGAAGGCUUUAGAAAGUGAUGUACCUCUUCACUGCAUGUAAUGCAGUGCCAGCAUGAGGGAUUCAGUAUGAUAAUAAGUGUGAAAGUGCUGAAAUACAGAGCGACCCAAAGGGCUGGGAUAUUGCCCUGGUUACAGGGCAGGUAAAUGCCGGAGGACGGAGUUCCACUCAGCUUGACGACUUUGUUUAGCUCAGGGUUUGAGUGACAGGUGCCCAUCAUGCGGGCACGUACUCUCUGACCAAUGAGUGUCUGCUUUUGUUCUUCCUGUUGUUCCCCUCCCUCCCUUUCCAAAGAGAGAUUUGACUCCUCUGAACAGUUAUUAAUGGAUCCAGUGAGAUGCAGUAUGGCUGCUACACAGUUUAGGCAGCUAAAGCUUGACGUUGAUUCCAGUCUUGCAGAUCCGACCAUUAGAGGAAGGUCAAAUUAAGAGUUUUUUUUUAAGUUGUUGUGAAUUGUGAAAACCCUGGGGUAAGCAAAAGACCACGAACCAAUAGGUUAAAUAUAUAUGAAUAUGUAUCUUGACGUGGGACUUGCAGUGCAAAGUCCAAUGUAUCAAAGUUAUUUACAAUAAAAUGACCGUAAGCUC